UGACAUACCUAAUAUUAAAUUUUAUUAAAAAAAUCUCGACAGAAGUUGAAGUCUUUGGUUAAAAAAUUUAGAUCAAUAAUUCACUAAUCAUCCCGAACUAGAGCUAAUAACUUAUACGAAUUCAGCCGCAUUAUAUACCUGCAAAUAUGUCUCAAUUAAAAAACUCAAAGAAAUUUAAAUGGGCUUUGGAUUUCAAUUCUAAAUCACGCUCGCAAACAACGGAAUUACCUUCGCCACCGGGGUACAGUCAAUCCACUAGUGCAAAUUAUGUAGAAACCUCUAAGGACUCUGAUUCACAGCUUCUCUUGAUAAAAAAAUUGUGGGAUGUUGCUUUAGGCCCGCUCAAACAAGUACCAAUGAACCUCUUUAUUAUGUACAUGGCAGGAAAUUCAAUUUCGAUUUUUCCUAUAAUGAUGGUGGGAAUGUUAAUUGUACGUCCUAUAAAGGCACUGUUUACUACACAAAGUACAUUCAAAAUGGUAGAAGGAACACAGGCUGUAGGACAAAAGUUUGUUUAUAUAAUUGGUAAUAUAGUUAAUAUAUUUUUAGCAUUGUAUAAGUUUCAAAGUAUGGGUUUGCUUCCUACACAUUCUAGCGACUGGUUAGCAUUUGAAGAACCAUUAACUCGUAUGGAACAUAUUGGAGGUGGUUUAUCUAUGUUAUAAACAUAUAAAAGCUA